AUGCGUCGAGCUGCAGACUCGCUCUCUCCAGCACCCACCGCGGUCAACGACGCCUCGCCCGAUCGACUGCCACGGUCUCGCUCCCGAGGCCGCGCCAACUUUGUCGGAUCUUCAUCGGAACAGCUGCCCCGACAGAACAAUCGCUCUUCCUCGCGCGCGAGCUUCCUCGGUCGUCCUCGUCAGCGUGUUUACCAGAUCUAUAACGAAAACGAGCCCGCAGGAGUCGCACAAGAACGAUGGAGGAGCGAGUCAAGAACCGUCCGAGGAAGUCUGGAUGACGAGGACGGAUUCGUCUUUUCCGACGAGGACGACGUGGAUGCCGACAAGCGUAAGGCGAGAGCAGAGUCCAAAUCCCGCAAGCUGACCUCGACCGCAGAGGAGGACUCGGCAUCUCGCUCCGCAGGUACCACCAUCAUCAACAGCACUGCUCCCGCAGCUGCACCUCCCAUCGACCCAGCUCAGCUGCCCACAGCUCAACAGGUGCCCUCCUCGACCGCUGGCAGCGCCGCCAGUAAGGAAAAGGACGUCGAGUCGCAGUCCGCGCCGAAACGUGUGCCGCUUCUCUCGCGCAUCCCGUACCCCAUCGCGCACCUCCUCGGCUAUCGACGCAAAAGUACCGAGAACCGCGCCCUGAUUCGUCCCGUCGAAGCGCUCCCUCGCAAAAUCGAAACCCUCCUCUGGGCAUGGAUUGGUGCCUGCCUCGGUCUCAGCUUUGUCAUGAUCACCUUUUCCCGCUGGAACCAAUUCGCCUCGUCCUCCAACGACCCGAUCACGCCCUGGACGGCGCCGAUCGUCAUCGGUUCCUUUGGCGCUUCAUCCGUCAUCCUCUACGGCACCCCUGCCUCGCCCUUGGGUCAACCGAAGGCGUUCAUGGGCGGUCAAUUCCUCUCCGCCCUCACCGCCGUAUGCAUCACCAAACUCUUCGCGUUGAACGGCAACUACAAUCCGGACCUGAUCGAUUCGAGUCACAGCCUGGUGUGGAUCGCAGGCGGGGUGGCGACGGGUACAGCGCUGUGCGUGAUGAUUUUGACGGAUACCGUUCAUCCACCGGGAGGAGCGACCGCGUUGUUGGCUGCGACCAGUCCUCCGGUGAUCAAGUUGGGUUGGCAUUACUUGCCUGUGGUGCUGCUAAGCGGGGUGAUCAUGGAAGCGUGGGCGAUGCUCUGGAUGAAUUUGGGCAGGGCCAGGUACCCACACUACUGGUUGUGGCCAGAUGGGCAUAAGUUCGAUCAGAGAGAUUUUAGGGUCAAGUUUCCCGGUUUCGAAAGAACCAUUCGCAACCCCGCGAAGAUGACCACCAAGUCGACGUAG